AUUGCAAAAAACACAAACAAAAAACUAGACAAAAAUGGGGUUGCUAGAUUAUUCCCAAUGGUUGAUCCUAGUAGCAGCUUUGUUGGGUGGAUAUGCAUUUGUGUUUGGUUUCCUAAGGAGAUUGAAUGAAUGGUACUAUGUUGGUAGGUUGGGAAAAUCACAAAAUCUCCCACCAGGUGAUAUGGGUUGGCCUUUCUUUGGUAACAUGCCUACCUUCGCCAAAUAUGCUAAAUCUGAUCCUGACUCACUCAUCUAUAACCUUAUCUCCAGAUAUGGCAGGACAGGUAUGUACAGGACACAUUUGUUUGGGUAUCCAACCGUCAUAGUUUGCUCGCCAGAGACAUGUCGUAAUGUACUAAAAGACGAGGAACAUCUCAAGCCAGGAUACCCUGCUUCAGCUAUGGCACUUGCAGGGAAAAAAUCAUUCCAUGGAAUAUCAAGUGCCGAGCAUAAACGUUUGCGAAAGGUAACCACGUCUCCAAUAAAUGGUCACGAAUUGUACAAUUAUAUUGGUCUCAUAGAAGAUAUUGUAGUGAAAAAUUUAGAAGAUUCGUCUAAAACGAACACACCGGUUGAGUUUCUCAAAGAGGCCAAAAAGUUCACUUUUGAUGUCAUCACUUCUGUCUUCUUUUCCUCUGAUCGUGAACAUGCUGACCUUGCUUUGGUUGAGCAUUUGUACAUUGAUUUGCUUCGAGGAAUGAGGUCCCAAUCGAUCAAUCUUCCUGGCUUUCCAUUCUAUAAAGCACUCAAGGCACGAAAGAAGUUGGUGAAGCUGUUGAAAGGUUUGGUGGAUCAUAAGAGGAGAAACAAUAAUAAUGAAAAACAACAGACAAAAAAAGAUUUGAUGGAGUUGUUGAUGGAAGCCAGAGACGACGAGGGUGAGAAGUUGGAAGAUGAAGACAUUAUAGACUUGCUUCUUUUGUUCUUGUUAGCUGGUCAUGAAAGCUCUGCUUAUGGUGUUUUGUGGACCGUUAUCAACCUCACUAAUCAUCCACAUGUCUUCGAAAGAGCCAAGAAAGAACAAGAAGAGAUUAUGGCAAGAAGGCCUUCCGAUCAAAAAGGACUUACACAUACGGAAAUUAGGCAAAUGAAAUAUCUUUCUCAGGUUAUUGAUGAGAUGCUGCGCAAAACAAGUAUUUCAUUUGCGAACUUUAGACAGGCAAAAGUUGAUUUUAACCUCAAUGGUUAUACUAUACCAAAAGGAUGGAAAGUCCUGGUAUGGAACAGAGGUGUUCACAUGGAUCCUGAAAACUACCCCAACCCAAAGGAAUUUGAUCCUUCCAGAUGGGAGAAUUUCAAAGCAAGAGUAGGACAAUUUCUUCCAUUUGGAUAUGGAAGUAGGUAUUGUCCAGGAAGUGAUUUGGCUAAACUUGAGAUCACUAUUUACCUUCAUCAUUUUCUUCUUAACUACAGGAUGGAGAGAAUUAAUCCAGAUUGUCCAAUUACCUACCUGCCAAUUGCAAGGCCUACAGAUAAUUGUCUUGCAAGAAUUAUAAAAGUAACAUAAAUCAUGGGAUUGUUCUCUCUCUAUUCUUGUCAAUGCUCUUGGAGUUCUUCGCCUAAGAUCGUAGUUUUUACUUUAUUUUGUCCUUUCUUCUUGAUUAAAAAAAAUAAGGCCAAGUCAUAGGGUUUUGGAACACAAUUUUUUAACACAAAAGUUGACACUCUGUGCUGUUCAUUAUAUUUACACGGUGAACACAAUAAACUCUAUUUGUAACACAAACACAAGAUUGUGUCAUCAAUUAAUUUCACUACUUCAUUUAUAAAAAAGUAUUUUGUUU